AUGGGCAACAUUGCUGAACUCUCGAUUGUCGAUUUUUUGAUCAAAUUAAUCGAAAUUGACUCAGUGACGGGAAACGAAGGUACGCGAAAAUGUAAAAGUAAUUUUGAUUGUAGCAUAUUGUCGUAGUUUUGUUUAUUCUUGCAGGCAUUCCAUUCAAUGUUUACACCAAAGUGUACUCUCAUUUCUAGGUAAAUUGGCGGAUUUUCUCAAAGAGUAUUGCGAAACCUUGGGAUUCGAGGUAAUUUCUCAGCCUCUUGAAAGCGAUAAUCAACGAUACAACCUGCUGAUAAAAGACAAAGACGUCUGCGAGGUGGAUAUUAAGUAUUUGUUGAAUACUCACCUGGAUACGGUGCCUCCGUUUAUUAAUCCGAGGAUUGGGGAUGACAGAGUCUAUGGAAGGGGGGCCAAUGAUGCCAAAGGUAAGGCUAUUACGGUGUUGUAGUUUUUUCACACGGCUCAGGUAAAUUUCCUCUGGGUUUUUUCCGCAUUUGCAAGCCAUCGGACAGUUUAUUUUUUUUUAAUAUUUUAACUGUAUCUAAUAGGUUUUAGGAGCAAUCUACAGGGUGUUUCAAGAAAUUCCCCGGAAAGCAAUCGUCGAUUUCUCGGCGCUCAGCCAUGAUACCCAAAAAUUUUUUUUUGCAGUAGAAAGAAGGUUAUGGGCGGUUUUUUGCCUAAAAAGAUUUUUUUCUACGCCGACGCGGAAUGCGGUGUAUUCGGCGAAGACUUUAGAUCGCUUUUUUGGUCAUCACAUACAUCUUAAACGCUUUUUUGUGGUUUCUGAUGGCUGAAAUGCGGAUAAUUUACUGAUUUUUGUGCUUAUCAAGCGUUCGGCAAAGGUAUGGCAGCCGCUCGCCAUAUCUUAACGGCGGGCGCACACUUGCGGGCAACCACUUUGCGGGCAACCAGUUUGCGGGCAAAUUUUUUGCGGGCAGCCACUUUGCGGGCAGCCGACAUUUGCGGCCAGCACCGGCAUUUGCGGGCGGCCUGGGACAUUUGCGGGCAGGGUCGACAGUUGCGGGCAGCCUGGAAGAUUUGCGGGCAGCCGACAUUUGCGGGCAACCGACACCUGAUUGUGAGGGUAACAGGGUGGACGUGGAAAAAUUACUAUGAUAUGUUGGAAAGUUGCCGACAUUUGCGGACAGCCGACAUUUGCGGGCAACCGGCACUUGAGGAUUACAAGGUGGAGGUGGAAAAAUUACUUCGAUAUUUUGGAAGCUUUCCGACAUUUGCGGGCAGGCAAUACUUGCGGGAAGCCGACAUUUGCGGGCAACAGUUCCAAAAGUUGCUAUACAGUCUGUGUGAUUGUUUUUUCCGGUUGCCCGCAAAUGUCGGCUGCCCGCAAGUGUCGCCUGCCCGCAAAUGUCGGCAAAUUUCCAAAAUAUCGCAGUAAUAUUUCCACCUCUACCCUGUAACCCUCAGGUGCCGGUUGCCCGCAAAUGUCGGCUGCCCGCAAGUGUCGGUUGCCCGCAAGUGUCCCAGGCUGCCCGCAAGUGUCUCAGCUGCCCGCAAAUGUUUCAGCUGCCCGCAAAUGUGACCCCCAAAUUUUGCCCGCAAAGUGGUUGCCCGCAAAAAAUUUGCCCGCAAACUGGUUGCCCGCAAAGUGGUUGCCCGCAAGUGUCGCGACGCCAUCUUAACUCAGAUACGGACCAGAAAUGGCCCAACACAAUUUUUAUUGUCUAGCAACUAUUUUCUGCGGGUAUCGUAUACCCUCCAAAAUUUUGUGGUCAAGCCUUGGCAGAUGUCUAGCCAUCACGGAACCACUUGGUGCACCAGAAAACAACAAAAAAAAUUUGUUUAAAUUUCUCUUUUCCCUGCUGUUUCAAACAUUCGCGCGGUGGGCUCGACUUUGUCGAUAUUGCAGCGACUGCAUUGCACUGUGCAGUCGCUAAAUGGGAUCGCAUAGCGUUAUAUCCUGCCUCCUGAUCCAUUGUGCAAAAAAUCUGAAGACUUUCCGGAUGCUGCAGUGUCACAGUAAAGCGUUUUAGAUAAGUGUGAUGGUCAAAAAAGCGGUCAAAAGUCUUCGCCGAAUACACUGCAUUCCGCGUCGGCGUAGAAAAAAAUCUUUUUAGGCAAAAAACCGCCCAUAACCUUCUUUCUACUGCAAAAAAAAAUUUUUGGGUAUCAUGGCUGAGCGCCGAGAAAUCGACGAUUGCUUUCCGGGGAAUUUCUUGAAACACCCUGUAUAAUGCAUACAUACAUAUAAAGGUGGUCACAGAAGUUCUCGACUUCUAUUUUUGCCGUUGAGUCGAAUUUCGGUGAAAAAUGGGCUGACAUUGAUUUUGAAAAAUCAGUGCACACUUUAAUUUUCGUCCUGCAGCGAUUUCUCAAAAUAUGCACUGGUUAUUUCCAAAUUUCAGAGCUUUUUUGGCACUGAUUUUUCAAAACCAAUGUCAUCCCAUUUUUGCACUGAAAUUCGACGCAACCGAAAAAAUAAAAGUCGAGAACUUCGGUGACCACCUUUAUAUGGUUCACACACCUAUUAUGCACAAAUGCAGAAGCCAUUUAAGGAUUGAAUCCCUUAUUUUAUCAUUUCGUCCUCCAUUCACAACUACAACUGCUUGCUUUAGGUCAAAUCGCUUCUUUAUUAUUCGCUCUUCGCCAAUUGCGAGAUGAAGAUCAUGACUUGAGUAAGAAAUGUGGCCUUUUGCUCACAUUAGGCGAAGAAACGGAUCAUAUUGGAAUGAGUGUGGCCAAUAAACUCAAGCUGGACCCCGAUUAUUUGAUUGUCGGAGAACCCACUGAUCUCGAAUUUGCCCACGCGCAGAAAGGAGCAAUUGAGGUAGAUACCACAACAGUAUCUAUGUUGUAAUAACUGUAGUUACCAGUCUUUUGCAUGCUAAAUUGCACUCCGUUCAUUUGUGUUAAAAUUUUUAUUUACAUUAGUUUUUGUUUUCAGCUCGUGUUAACAACGAAAGGUCAAGCAGCUCACUCGGGAUAUCCGGAGAAAGGAGAGAGUGCAAUUGACAAACUUUUGGAGAUUUUGUGGGAUCUGAGGAAAAAUGAAUGGCCCAAAGAUGAACUUUUGGGAGAAACAACCAUGAACAUUGGGUUGAUUAAUGGCGGGCAUGCGGUGAAUGCAUUGUCCGAACAUGCUGAGGCCAGUCUCAAGUUCAGAGUCGUCGGAUUGGCUACUCGAUUACUUCAGGAGAUCGAAAAAAUUUGCAAGGGCAGAGGAGAGAUCAAAGUUCGAGAAUUAAACGAUGCUGUUACGUUGAGUAGUCAGUUUGUCACCUUUUUAUGGAUUUACUUUCACUUCAAAAUCAAACUUUAAUACAAUAUUUUUAGAGCCUCCAGAGAAAUACAAAAGCAAGACCGUUUGUUUCAACACGGAUAUCCCGUAUUUUGAUGGCUUCCGUCGCCUCAAAGGAAUCUAUUUAAUGGGCCCAGGCUCAAUUACAACCGCCCAUUCAAGACAUGAGUUUGUCCCCAUCUCGGAAUUAAAGGAAGCGCCGAUAAUUCUAUGCGAUCUGAUAUAUCAUCUGGAAAAGCACGGAAAUGAAAAGGAAAAUAAACAAUAA